CAGGUGCUGGACGGCAGGCCGGGGGUGGUUCUGAGGUAUCCUGGGGACACUGCUUCGGCUGCGUAUGUGGACAACUUUCUCACCUUGGGGCAGGAUCCUGGGGCAGUGGCCAGUCGUCUCUACAAUGUCGUCAAGCUGUUGCGGGGGCUGGGCCUGGUCGUGCACGAGCUUGAGGGGGCCAGCAGGGACCGUGAGUUCUUGGGGAUGUCGCUUCGAGACGGUCGAUAUCUCUCGGUCAAGAGUCGAAACGUCUGGAGGCUUCGCUACGCCUUGGACGACUUGCUGGCCCGUCCGAGGGUGAGCGGGCAUCUUUUGCGGGUUGUCGCCGGUCACAUCACUUGGACGAGCUUGGUCCGCCGCGAGUGUCUGUCUCUGCUGCACGCCACGUACGCCUUCAUUCAGGCCGCGGGGUCGUCCCCGCGUCCUCUGUGGUCUGCGGUGCGACAGGAGCUCGAGAGUGUCCGCAACCUGCUGCCCUUGCUGUGCGUUGACCUCCAGGCAGAAUGGCAUCCCUACGUUGCCUGCACAGAUGCGUCUCCGUUCGGUCUUGGGGUUGUUCGCCGCAAGUUGAGCCGGGUCCAGGUCCAGGAGCUAGGCCGUCAGAAGGAGAAGUUCCGAUUCAAGACCGAAGGAGGAGCCCAGGCCCGUCACCGGGCCUUGGAGGCUGUGGGGGUGGAUGAGGAGACCGCGAUGAUCCUGGAGCAUGAGGAAGGGCCCCUGUGGGCCUGUGACGCCAGACCACCAGACGAAGAGGCCCUGGAGGUGUCGGAGUUCUCGGAGGGCCGCUGGGCAACUUCGUGCCCGUGGCUGCUGCGGCUGGCCACAGUCCGAUGGAUGCUGGUGCCGCCGAGCGCGCCGGAGGCGCAGACUGCCCGAGCGGCUCGCGGGGCUCCGGCGGCCCUUCGCUCGCCGCGCCACCGGGGCUGGGCCUCUGCGGUGGGAGUGGGCGCGCUGCUGGUGGGCUGCUUCCUCCUGCCGCACCGACUGGGCGAGAGCGGCAGCAUGGGGUGGCGGCUCUGGGCGACGCUCAGCCUGGUCAUGCCCUUCCUUCUCCAGGCCGCGCCCCGGACCCUGCCGCCGAUCAAGCGGUCGGGGCUUGCACGGGCACGCCUCGGAUGCAGCAGGGGCACGGGGCGCCGCCGUGGCCCCAGCCCCGCCCGGCCGUCAGCGUCGGCGGGGCAGGCGUACCACCAGUGGGCGCUCUUGCCGCAGGACAUGACCGGUCAGCUCCCGCUCAAGGCGGCCCUCUGCAGGGAGACGCCGACCCUCGGCCGCGCGGGCCGUAUCCGCCCGCGCCCGGAGGCUCCGCCGUCGACCACACCGGCCGAGGCGGCAUCGGUGUACCCUGUCAGCGGCGUGUACAUGAUGUUCUUCGCCCAGCCGACCGAGCAGUGGCCGCCAGGCCGCCGGCAGCCCCAGCAGCCCCCUCUUCACCAACGAGGGGCUGUGCGGGCCAUCACCCGCGACCGCUGCUGGGCAAGGCGGAUGCCGUGCCAUGGCCAGAGCUGCCACUUGAGCCGCGUGAAGCCGCAGGCGAGGAAGUCGAGGCUGCCCACCGCCCUGCACUGGCCGCCGGCCGUCACUCUCUCGUCCGACUCGCCUGUCGGAGCGAGAUUCGCGAUGGAGAGCGAGGGCGACCUCGACGGCCGGCCGCAUCCGCUGCGCUCCCAGCCGCCCGCCGCCCUGGCCGGCCUGUCCGGCGACCUGCCGGCCGCGGCAGUGGGGUCCGUGCGGGCCCACAUGCUGGCUGCCUUCCGCAAGGCCGUCGGCGAGGGGCGGCUGCACAGGCGCUUCGUUUUCGUCGAGCUGUUCUGUGGCGCGGGCUGCAUCACGGCGUCGUUGAAGGCGGAUGGCUUCUCCGCAAUCGGCUUCGACAUCGGGCGGGGCGCUCAUGAGAAUCACUUGGUGCAUGAGUUUUUUGAGGUGCUUCAAGGGUGGAUCACUUCAGGCUGCAUAGCCGGCAUCUGGCUUGGUACGCCUUGUACGACCUGGAGUCAGGCCCUUCGCCGACCUCUGCGCUCACGGCGACAUCCCAUGGGGUUGCCAGGGCUCUCGGUCGGCGAGCAAGCGAGGCUGGAGGUGGGCAAUUUGACCUUCAAGUUUAGCUGUAAGGUCAUCCGCUUAGCCGUGAAGUGGAACAUCGCCGUGUAUCUUGAGAAUCCAGCGGGCUCGUUGAUGUGGCACGCUCCCGAGCUGGCCCGGCUUUUGCAUGCGCCGUGCGCUCAGAAGAUCCAGUUGCACAUGUGCCAGUUCGGGGCGCCGUGGCGGAAG